AUGAAGUCCGUCUCCUCCAAGUUUUAUCUCAAGACUAUUUACUACCAGCGCUGCUUCAAUAAGAUCACAAGGCUACAAAACGAAGUCGUGAUACCGCUGUGUGGCCUUCAUAGGAGUAUUACGACGAUGUUUCCUCAGAACCUAUCCAGAUCCUGGCAAACAUUCAAGAGAUGGGCUACAGAGAGCAAGUGUCAUAUCGACAAGAGACUAAUUGCAGCAAGGGUCGUUCAGAAGCUGCGCGAAGAUAGGCGUACGGUGACCUAUCUGUUCUACGCAGAACGAACCACCGCGAGUAUUGAUGUACGACAACUCAUCGGCACACUUUGUUGGAACCUUCUCAAUCAGUUUCCAGAAGAUGUCGAGUUGCUAACAGAGAUUUGCAACAAAGAUGGCGAGCCUACUGACACUGAGACCCAGACCUUUUCCAGCACUUGCGGAGAAUUUCUCUAUAGUGAUUCCGAAGAAAAGACCCCUGGGUCUCUUGAUCAACUAGCCGCCAGACUAAAACAACAAUCCAGUCAAAGCUCGCAGCAUGGCACUCCUGCGUCGAUACCACCACCAAAGAAAGCGCAUACGAGACAAGCCAGUACGGUAGGGUAUAACAUGCCUGGUGGAAGCAGUAGCAGUUCCAAUGGUCAGAACAAUCUUGCAAAUAUCGUUGCAAGGUCAACAGGUCUCAAGGCUGUCAGGUCCUUGCCAUCGACUGCCUUGCAACUAUGCAUAGGAACUGGAAAGUAUAAGAUUGAAAUGAAACCACUCACCCGCCCUAAUCCCGUCGGUACCGAUGGUGAAAUUUCCGCAAUGAUACGAGCGCGAUACGAAACAGCCAGCCGCUCGAUACUCCCAAUAUGGGCGCGAUUCAAAAAGCCAGAUAAAGCCAUCUUCGUGAAAUUCUUCUUCGGACCAAAACAGACCGUUUCUCUCGACUAUGAAACCCCUUCAAAACCACCAGCCACAGAAGUCAGGCACAACUACGAAUAUGAUCCUUGCCCGAUUGAGUUACCACCCAUGAACAGUCGAGUCUUCUUCCACCACUUUUACGCCCCCAAAUCACAUCAUCCCGACGUGUUCUGGAGUGAACGGUUGCCAUGGAAAGUCGGACCUGCGCUAGGACCCAAAGAGAUUGGCUGGGGUAUCCAUUUUGAAGAGAACCCCGAUUGGCCGCUGUUCGCUGCGUUGAUGUGUUUGCUCUUGUUGCUAAGUGGUGCUGUUGCGGGAAUUUACGGGUGGAAGAUGAAAGAUGCACAGACAGGAGUCGCGAUUGGAGCGUGGCUGACUAGUGUACAAGUCAUGGGAAUAACAGCCGUGUUCUUUUGGUGGAAUUAA